CCCGCGGCAGACGCCUGAUGCGGGCGGGGCGCGGGCGGGGCGCGGACAGCCGAGGCGGCGGGGUCCUGCGGACGGCGGGGUGACAUUGCGGGUGCCGGCAGCAUGGCGCAGGGGCUGGCGCAGCGCCUGGCCGCCCGCGGGCCGCAGCUCCUCAGCGCCGCCCUGGCCUACUCGAAGCCGCGCCUGGCCACGUUCUGGUACUACGCCAAGGUGGAGCUGGCCCCGCCGACCCCCGCCGAGAUCCCGCGGGCCGUGGACAGCAUGAAGGCCAUGGUCCGGGCCUUCCAGAGCGGCCGCCUGGCCCAGCUCACCGUCAAGGAGGCGCUGAGGAACGGGCUGGUGGCUACUGAGGUGCUGAUGUGGUUUUACAUUGGGGAGAUCAUCGGCAAGGGCGGCCUCAUCGGGUACAACGUCUGAAGACUUCCCCAUCCCCACGGACCCCCCCUGUAACGGCGAUGUGACAAUAAAGCCGGGAACCGGU